AUGGAUGAGGAGGUACCCUGGUGUAUCCUUUAUGCUGAUGACAUCAUGCUUGUCGGGAAAGAUGAAUGCGAGGUGCAGAGCAGGUUGGAAAAAUGGCGAGAUAAAUUGCAGAGAGCUGGUUUAAAAAUCAGCAGGACGAAAACUGAACAUUUGUUCUGCGAUUUUGGUGGUCCGACCAGCUUUUCUCCAAUCGCUUUAAAUGGUGUUGACCUACCAACCUGCUACGAUUUUAAGUACCUCGGUUGGCGACUGGACACCGGUGUGACUUGUGAUCCAAGAAUGUCACCCAAGCUUAAGGGACAGAUCUACAAGUCAAUCGUAAGACCUGUCGUAUUGUACGGGUCUGAAUGUUGGGUCACCAAGGUUUUGGAUGAAAGAAGAUUACGGGGGGCGGGCGGCGGUACACGGCGCCGGCGGGGCGCCCAGUCGCCGCCCAACCGCUGGACUGCCACGACGCGCCGCGCGCACCGUAGCUCCUCUAAUUAUACACGCCAGUGCUAG